GCAGAAGCCAGAUGAUAAUGCAUUUCUGACUCAGUGGCUGGUAGCUGUGUGCUGGGGAAAGAUCCAGCUACAGCCAUGGCACAGUGCAGAAGUUUCUAUCCCAUCCUCCUCGCCCUCUUCCUGGCAUACCCCUCCAUGGCUCGCCACAAACUUCUGGUCUUCCUGAUUGAUGGAUUUAGAUUUGAUUAUAUAAAUGAUAAAGAGCUGGAUCUGCUCCCUGGCUUUAGGGAGUUUGUGAAAAGUGGUGUUAAAGUGGAUUAUAUGACUCCAGACUUUCCCAGUCUCUCUUAUCCUAACUACUACACACUAAUGACAGGUCGGCACUGUGAAGUCCAUCAUAUGACUGGAAACUACAUGUGGGAUCAGAAGACAAAUCUUUCAUUUGAUAUCGGUACUAAUAAAGACAGCCUGCUGCCAAUUUGGUGGGAUGGAUCAGAGCCACUUUGGGUUACUAUGGAAAAGGCCAAAAGAAAUGUGUAUAUGUACUACUGGCCAGGUUGUGAGGUUGAAAUUCUUGGCAUUAGACCUAAAUAUUGCCGGGAAUAUUACAAUUUUCCAUCUGAUGCGAAUUUCACUAGAGCUGUGAAUGAUGCUCUUCAGUCUCUGAGGAAUAGGGAUGCUGACAUGGCUGCUGUCUACUAUGAACGGGUAGAUGUAGAAGGUCAUCACUAUGGACCCUGGUCUGACCAAAGAAAAAAUGCCACUAAAGCUGUAGACCAAGUCCUGCAAAGUCUGGACCAACAAAUCCGGGACAGUGGCCUUAAGGAUGACUUAAAUAUAAUUCUGUUUUCUGAUCAUGGAAUGACAGACAUAUUCUGGAUGGACAAGGUGAUAGAGCUUCAAAAUUACAUUGAUUUCAAUGACAUUUUACAGAUGAAGGAUAGAGGUCCUGUGGUGAGCCUAUGGCCUGUGGAAGGGAUGCUUUAUAAGGUGUACAACCAGCUGAAGGAUUUACAACACAUGGAUGUUUAUAUGAGAGACCAAAUUCCAGACAGAUUUUAUUACAAACAAGGGAAAUUUGUGUCUCCCUUAACUCUUGUUGCUGAACAGGGCUGGUUUAUUACACAGAGUAAGGAAACAUUGCCCUUCUGGAAUAAUGGCACCUUGCCUAAGCAAGGCUGGCAACAUGGAUGGCAUGGCUAUGACAAUGAACUGAUGGACAUGAGGGGGUUCUUUUUGGCAUCUGGCCCAGAUUUUAAAGUGAACUUUCGAUCGGCUCCUAUCAGAUCAGUGGAUGUUUACAAUGUGAUGUGCGAGGUACUGGACAUUGAGCCCCAGCCCAACAACGGAUCGUGGUCUAGAGUAGAGUGUAUGCUAAAAAGCCAAGAACAGUCUGUUACCCUGGAUAGAUAUUUGCUAAUGCUACUCUUUACAGUUGCAGGAAUAUGGGUUUAAGUGCAUUCUUUUUUAAAUAUAUAUAU